UGCUGUAUUUACAUUUUAUUGUACUUUUUGCUGUACAUUAUUUAGGUGUUUUUAAGUGUUUAAAGUUAUCAGAUUGUAAGAAAUGAAAGUCACUACACCAGAAAUAUCAUGGCACGCUAAAGAAGCAAUAUUUUCGAUUGACGUUCAGCCGAAAAUAGAGAAUCAGCCUCAACGUAUUGCUACAGCUGGUUUAGACAACAAUGUUCGUGUUUGGGAAUAUAGAAAAGGUGAAAUAAGAUUUCUAUCCAACCUCAGUCGUCAUGACAAAGCAGUAAAUAUUGUUCGAUUUUCAAAAAGUGGAGUCUACCUCGCUUCCGCUGGAGACGAUGCAACAGUCAUUUUAUGGAAAUUGAGCGAAAAAGAAGAAGCACCGAACAUAUUUGACCCAGAUGAUGGAAAGAACAUAGAAGUUUGGUGUGCUGCUAAAAUAUUAAGGGGGCAUUUGGAAGAUAUCAAUGACCUUUGCUGGUCAAGUGACGAUCUGUAUAUUGUCACUGGUUCUGUCGACCACACAGCUGUGUUAUGGGAUGUUAACAAAGGGCAGAAGAUGGCUAUUCUAUCUGAAGCAAAGCACUUUGUGCAUGGAGUGGCGUGGGACCCAUUGGGACAGUAUGUAGCUACACUAAGCUGCGAUAGAUCACUAAGAAUAUACAACACACAAACGAAGAAGAUGGUUCACUGUAUUAAUAAGAUGAUGCAACCAACUGCUAAUCAAGCUGAAUCUGAGAAGGAAAAUAAGAAAAUGCAAAGAUUAUUUCACGAUGAAUCAGUUGUUAGAAGAAGGUUGUCUUUCAGCAAAGAUGGUAAAAUGUUAAUUGCACCAGCUGGAUGUCUUCAGGUGGAAAACGAAAAAGAAAAUCUUCCCCCACAACAAAUAAACACAGCGUUAAUAUUUCCUCGUGGCAACUUUUCAAAACCUGUAGCUUACCUACCAGGGUUACAACAGCCAGCAAGUAUUGUGGCUUGUUCUCCUGUGUUUUAUAAACUGAAAAAGUUGAGUUCUGAACCCUCAUUUAAGUUGGAAUACCGUUGCAUAUUUGCUGUUGCUUCUAAUGACACAGUUGUAAUGUACGACACACAACAAGUUCUGCCGUUUGCUGUUAUUUCUAACAUACAUUAUGCUUCCAUUACAGAUCUAAGCUGGAGUUCAGACGGGUUAUUUUUAGUCAUUUCUUCCCGAGAUGGGUUUUGCUCUCUUGUUGAGUUUGACAAAAAUGAACUUGGAGAGAUUUUUACUCCACCAUCCAAAGAAGAGAAUACAGAAUCUACAGAAUCCAAAAUGGAGCAAACUAAUAACCAAGAUAUGGCUAUGGAAGUGUCUGAUGUGAAGGAAAAAAUAAAUGAUGUUGAAAUGAGAAUAGAAAGUGAUCUGAAAGCAAAGGAACAAAAAGAAGAAAUACCUCAACAAAGCCACACACCCAGGAGGGUAAAACUCACACCAGUAAAUGACAACUCGCCUAGCAACAAGGCGUUCACUGAGCCUAAAACUAUCAAACCAACAAAACCUACCGGAAAAUCUGCUCCAAGAAGAAUACAGCUAACACCAGUUACCAAUGACACUUAGUUUUUGUCCUCCGUACAAAAAUAUUUGGCUUUAUUUCAUGAAAUUCACCAUAAACGCAAACGCAGCAACAUAAUUGCCGUGGAAGCACGACCUAGGAUUUAGGCCAGGUUUGGCCAAGUACCCCAAAAGAGGCAAUAUUUCUAUGGCAAUUUUAAAUAAUGUGGUGAAUUUCAUGAACUGGCUUUUGUAUGCUUGUACCGUAUUACCUUCCGUAAAUAAAACUGAUCUAUCAUGAUAUUAGUUUUGAAUUGUAAA